AUGCCUCCACCAUAUGUUAUUGAAACAUGCAAACAACAUGAUGAUUCAAUAAAUUCACAAAUACAUCCCCUUGUUGAUGAAAUUAAUAAUCUUGAUAAUCAAUUAUUGGUAUUAAAUGUUGAUGAAAUCAUUGAUAAAUGUCGUCAAAAAUUAGAUAAAUGGCGUCAUAAUUCUCAUAAAGAAAUUGAUCGUUUUUAUGAAGAAAAAUUUCAAGAAUUACAACAACGUUGUAUUGAACGAUUUACAAUUAUUAAUGAUAUCAAACGUGACGUUAACCAAUUUGAAGAAAAUGGCAUUUUAGUUGAUGUUCAUCCUUUAAUUGUUAACAACAAUUUGAUUUAUAUUGAAAAAUGGACAUUGAAUGAAAUUGAUAUAUCAACUCUUUCGUCUCUUUAUCGAACAAUCGAUUGUUCUAAUAAUGAUUGGCCUGUAUUAACUAGCAAUAAUCGAUUUUUACUAUUGGAUCAAUAUCCUAAUUUAUGUUUAUUUGAUAAAGAAUUAACUAUUGUAAAACAAUGUCCAUGGAAAUAUGAUCGUAUUUCUGAUAUGUGUUGGUCUUCAACAUUAAAUUGUUUUAUUAUGGUUACAAAUAAAAAUGGAGUUUUUCAAGUUAAUGAAAACUUAACAUUAAUUCAAUCUAUUGAAACAAUCGAGAAGAAGGAUUGGUUGUCUUGUACAUGCUCGGAUGUAUCUCUAUUUCUUACGACUAAUGAUGGACAUUCUGGUAUUUUUGAAUUCAAUCUUUUAUCAUCAUUUCGUUUUAUUAAACAAUGGAAAUUUCCUCAAAUUUGUAAUAAAGAUGAAUUUAUUUAUAAUAUUGCUUAUAAUAAUGGAACACUUGCUUUAUUAAUAUCAUGCCAAUCCUUUAAAUAUUAUUCCAAUAAAAUAGUACGUAUAGAAGUUCGAUCUUCAUCAACACUCGAUCAACUUUGGUCACUUCCUCUUGAUAUAACAUAUCAGGGUGGACGAGUCAAUCGUAUUUGUUCACUUACAUGUGAUGAGUGGCUUGUAAUCGACCAUAAAACAUCACAUCUUUUACAUAUUAAUAAAGAUGGAAAAGUGAAAGCAAAACGUUCAUACGAACCAACAGCUCAUAAUGCUAUUUUAUUUGGUUCAAACAUAUUGGCUAUUAGAACUACAAAUUGUCUUAAUUUUCAUCGAGUAUAA